GGGCUGCGAGGGAACCCCGGCGCCGAGAAGGAGGGGGCUUGGGUCCGGAUGGAGAGGGCUAGACGCGCCGUUCUCUGCGCGCUGGCUGGGUGAGCAGCCAGGACUGACUGUUGACAUUCCGUCCACGUCGGGGAGCGAGGAUCGACAAGACCAUGCUGGCGAAUCUGAAGGUCAAGAAGCAGGAGCUGGCCAACAGCUCAGAUGUGACCCUCCCAGACCGGCCACUGUCCCCUCCUCUCACUGCGCCCCCCACCAUGAAGUCGGCAGAGUUCUUCGAGAUGCUGGAGAAAAUGCAGGGGAUCAAGCUUGAAGAGCAGAAGCCAGGACCCCAGAAGAACAAGGAUGACUAUAUCCCAUAUCCCAGCAUUGAUGAGGUUGUGGAGAAGGGCGGCCCAUACCCUCUGAUCAUCCUGCCCCAGUUUGGGGGCUAUUGGAUUGAGGACCCGGAGAAUGUGGGCACACCAACGUCACUGGGCAGCAGCAUCUGUGAAGAGGAGGAAGAGGACAACCUCAGCCCCAACACAUUCGGCUACAAGCUCGAGUGCAAGGGCGAAGCCAGGGCCUACCGCAGGCAUUUCCUAGGGAAGGAUCAUCUGAACUUCUACUGUACCGGCAGCAGCCUCGGGAACUUGAUUCUGUCCAUCAAGUGUGAGGAAGUGGAAGGGAUUGAGUACCUCCGGAUUAUUCUCAGGUCCAAACUGAAGACAGUGCAUGAGCGGAUCCCCUUGGCUGGACUGAGCAAAUUGCCCAGUGUUCCUCAGAUUGCAAAGGCUUUCUGUGAUGAUGCAGUGGGACUGAAAUUCAACCCUGUCCUGUACCCCAAGGCCUCCCAAAUGAUUGUGUCUUAUGAUGAACAUGAUGUCAACAAUACAUUCAAAUUUGGAGUCAUUUAUCAAAAAGCCAGACAGACCCUGGAGGAGGAACUAUUUGGGAACAAUGAAGAGAGUCCUGCUUUCAAGGAGUUCUUGGAUCUGCUAGGGGACACAAUCACGCUGCAGGACUUUAAAGGUUUCCGAGGAGGCCUGGAUGUGACCCACGGACAGACAGGGGUGGAGUCAGUGUACACAACCUUCCGGGACCGGGAGAUCAUGUUUCACGUCUCCACAAAGCUGCCAUUCACCGAGGGUGAUGCCCAACAGCUCCAGAGAAAGAGACACAUUGGGAACGACAUUGUGGCCAUCAUCUUCCAAGAAGAAAAUACACCAUUCGUCCCAGAUAUGAUUGCCUCCAAUUUCUUACAUGCCUACAUUGUUGUGCAGGUCGAGAGCCCAGGCACAGAGACCCCAUCUUACAAGGUCUCCGUCACUGCACGGGAAGAUGUGCCUGCCUUUGGCCCACCUUUGCCCAGCCCCCCUGUUUUCCAGAAGGGCCCAGAGUUCAGAGAGUUCCUGCUCACCAAGCUCACGAAUGCCGAGAAUGCUUGCUGCAAGUCGGACAAAUUUGCCAAGUUGGAGGACCGGACAAGGGCCGCCCUCCUGGACAACCUUCAUGAUGAACUCCAUGCUCACACACAGGCCAUGCUAGGACUGGGUCCAGAGGAGGACAAGUUUGAGAAUGGAGGCCAUGGAGGAUUCCUGGAGUCUUUUAAGAGGGCCAUCCGUGUACGCAGCCACUCCAUGGAGACCAUGGUGGGCAGUCAGAGGAAGCUGCACAGUGGAGGCAUUCCUGGAAGUCUCAGUGGGGGCAUUGUCCACAACAGCAUGGAGGUCACCAAGACUACCUUCUCGCCUCCAGCAGCAGCUGCGACAGUGAAGAACCAGUCAAGGAGCCCCAUCAAGCGGCGGUCAGGGCUCUUUCCCCGUCUGCACACAGGCUCUGAAGGCCAGGGGGAUGGCCGGACACGAUGUGACAGUGCAUCCAGCACCCCCAAGACCCCAGAUGGCGGACACUCUUCUCAGGAGAUAAAGUCUGAGACCUCAUCCAAUCCCAGCUCUCCGGAAAUAUGCCCCAAUAAAGAGAAGCCCUUCAUAAAGUUGAAGGAGAACGGCCGGGCCAACAUCUCCCGCUCCUCCUCCAGCACCAGCAGCUUCAGCAGCACUGCAGGAGAGGGCGAAGCCAUGGAGGAGUGUGACAGUGGGAGCAGUCAGCCGUCCACAACCUCACCUUUCAAGCAGGAGGUGUUUGUCUACAGCCCGUCCGCGAGCAGUGAGAACCCCAGCCUGGGGGCAGCUGCCACCCCCAUCAUCAUGAGCCGGAGUCCAACAGAUGGCAAAAGCAGAAACUCCCCAAGAUCAAACCUGAAAUUCCGCUUUGAUAAGCUCAGCCAUGCCAGCUCCAGUGCGGGUCACUAAUGGAAAGUGGAGUCCUUUGCCUGUCCAAGGGAAGCCCAGUUCUGUCCUGUAGAAGGCUCCUGUUCCAGCAGUUUGGGGGUGCCAUCUGCUACUCUGACCAUCACAGGCCUGUUGCCCUACUGGCCACCUGCCCAUCAGACCGGCUUCCUGUGCCAUGUCCCAACCUGACCACGGCCCUGCUGGCUCCUUUAUCAACAUACCCUGCAAGAAUCUUCCCAUUUCUGGACAAGGCUUCAUUCCUGGAGGCUCCUCUGCUCUUGACCUCCAGCUGUGAUGUCUGUCUGGGUCAUUUGUCAUCAUCUUGCUUUGUCUGAAGGACAGAGAGUUGGGCAAGAAGGGAUCUAGGUAUGGGAGCUCAGUCAGAGACUGGGGAGCUCAUUUGCUUCAGAGGCAGAAGGUGAUGAGGUGGAGAGCAGAGGUGAUAGCAGAACAUAAGGUGGGCCCUGUCUGUCCUUGGUCACCGUGCAGUGCCUUCCUGGACUUGGAGACAGGAGCUUCACCACCACCAGUGCAUUUAGUGAUGUAGUGGAGGUAGAGGGGCUGCUUUCCCAGGAGCCAAGACUAGCAACAUCUUGGAGGUUGUCCUGAUAAAAAUAGGCUCCAAGCUGGGUGCAUACCUGUAAUUCCAGCAACUCUGGAGGCAGGAAGAUUGCAAGUUCAGGACCAGCCUUGGCACUUAGAGGGACUUUUUCUCAAAUUAAAAAAUUAAAAGCAUGGGGAUGUAGCUCAGUGAUAAAGCAACUUUGGGUUCAAUCCCCACCCCCACCCCCACCUAUCCCACCAAAAAAACCCUCCAUUGGUCCCUGAUCUCUGGAACUCCAAACAUAUACCUGCUUUUGUGCAAAACAUUUCUGAUCUAGUCCCAGGGAAAGGUCCAGGGAUGCUGUCAUCCGUGUUGCUAGGGGCUUGGGCUUGUGGAAGCACAGAGACUGAGCUGGGUAUGUCUGAGACCUGGGCUGCACACUUCCUUGAUUGUAGCUGAAACUUUUUCCCCACUAAUUUUAUGCAGAUUCCUGACUAUCCUUGAUGUGGGAGAAGCACCAGAAAAUCUUGCCCCUUUGAGCAGACAUUUUGUUUCCCUAGGAACAGCUGGGAAGCCAGGAAUGAGAAGGAGUUCUGAGAGAGGGAACAGGCCAAUGCUGGGCAUUUGAGGAAAACUACAGGGCCUGAGGGCUCAGCCAGCCUCCACUGGGUCCCAGUCUCCACUGGUUGUGGAAGACAUAGUUAUUUCAAUCCCCCUAUGAGUGAGAGGGGAAGAGGUGAGCUGGGGGGUAUGACGUGGCAGAUUCUGGUCAGGCCAAUGUGUGGGGGUUGAACUUAAGUGUGGGAAAGGAAUGCAGUGUCCCUCAGACCCUGCAUGUCCUUGGCAUCUGUGGAGUGUCUAGUGCAGCCUUGGGAGCUGCUUCCAUUUACUGUGCCCUCUGGGCAUGUCUGGGGCUCCAUCCCCCAAGCCUCUUACCCUUUCCAAUCAGAGCCACUUUCUCUGGGAUGAGCCAGCUGUCCUGAGGGAAAGCCCCCUGGCCUCUCACCUAUCUUAGUCUGCAGGGUGUUUUUGCUGCUGGGUUUAGGGUGAGGCACCCUCCAAGUCAAAUACAGUCUGAACAGCAGACCCUGGGUGGUGCUGCAGCUUGAAGCGCACAGGGCCUCUGGCAUAGGUGGUACAGUGCUGCGCUGCUGGGGUGUUGCUGGCUGGGCUCCCCAUUUUAAUGAGCAGAUGACAAGAUUUCUAAUCAAGUGCUUUAUCUAUACAAGGAUCUGGACCCAAUCCCAAGUCAAAGCAUAGAAAUGCAACACAUUUUUUUGGACUGAUAUUUCCUCCUUACUUUUGCCAUUAGCACAAAAUUUUGAUCUUUCAUUUCCCACUCUCGUGUUGGAUCCUGUCUGCAGACUGGGAGUGACUGCACCCCUUACCCUGUGUGGGACAUGUGCUUACAUAAAGUACUAGUCUGGUAAGAUUUAUUCUAGUUAGGAGGUCAACAAAAGAUCUUUUUAGCUGAAAGUCAGUGUAGUGGCACCCACUGCUGGAACGAGGCCUGCAGGUCUGGCGGCUUUCUGUUGGCUGGGUUUCUGAAGGAGCUUGAAAGGUCGAACUGCAUUUCUUUGAAAAUGAUUACAGGCUUCGGGCUCGCCUCUCUGGGUAGCUAGUAUUUACAGUUGGUUGUGCCAUGUUAUAUUGCAUUCUGGGGUCCUUUGAGGUUUCCAGAUUGUCCCCAUGCUGUCCUGUAUGGGAAUGUCAUACCUCCCUGUCUCUACUGCUCUAACUGCUCCUUCUGCAGCUACUAUGUGCCUGUUGGGCUUUGCCCCUGGCUCUGGGCCGGUGGGCAGGAUGGCUGGGUGUGUUCAGAAAAACAGACACAGGUUUGCUCCUGAAGAAGUACAGACAUGGGAGGUGGUCUUCACCCUCGGCUUGCUGUUGGGGUACUCUGGGUAGGAUCUGAGCUGCCACCUUCCUCUAGAUCAUGCCUCUCCAUCUUUAGAAAGUCCAUUUAUUGGCUUCCAGAGUAUGCAUUAUCUACCUACCUGAGGUCCUAGUGGAGACAAGGAAGAAGUGGAUGGGAAUGUGGCCCAGUCUCCCCUCACUCUCCUGGACCAUGGGCAGCAGCUCAGGUUCUUGGAGGGCUGUCCCCCACCUUACCCCACAUUCUGAUCCAGAAUGACUGUCCUUUUAUUGCUACACUCAGUCUUGGGGCUCAGAGACUUGCUGAAGCCCCCUAAGCCCUUAUGACUGAAUUUGUGUAGAUGGUGCUUAUGUUGGUAUUUGGGGCAUUUCCACUAUGACCUUCAUGAGAGGUUCUUCCGGUCACAUCUCUGUCUCUGGGGACCACCUGACUCACAGAAGAAACUACCCUUUGCAGGUGCUGUUGGGCACCCAGAUGUCUCUAGCUCCACUGAUGCUUGAAAACAGCUGCAGAAAAACUUGAGAUAGAAGGUCUUAGGUGGAGUUUCUGCCUAUGCUAAUGAAUGUCAAAUGAUGUUUCUUAGAAAAUAUGUGGUUCAGUUUUUGGGGGCAUAGUCUUGAAGCCCAAGCCUUCUGCCUUCUUUUACCAUCUCAUUCAACCAUGUCAUGACCCACAUGUGAAACCUUAGCCCCAGUGAACCCAUAGCCAGCUAGUGGCAAAGCUGAGACUAGAACUCACAGCCCAGGGUUCUGUCCUCUGCACCAGCUGUGUGACUGAUAGAGAAAGUGACUGGACCUUCCAGGUUUGGGGGAAGCCAUGUUGGGAGGUGCAGCACCUGGUGGGUCCUUGGUCUCUGCUAUUUUCUGUCAGGAGGGCUCUUCUCUUGGAUUGGUCAGUGAGGACCCCGGGAUUUGAUUUGAGCAAAGAGAAUGGAGAGGAAAAGGGAUUCCAGGGAACUGCUCCUCAGUGACCUCUGGUCUUCAGCUCCAGUCUAUAAGGUGGCGGAGGCCAGGGCACAGAUGCAGUUCACCACCCCCAGCUUCCUUGCUGCAAAUUAAGACAGAAGGUGGUAAAAGAAAACUCUCUCAUUUUUCUCUGAUUCUUAAAGGAAAGUGAUUAAUAGGAACCUAGGUUCAAUUGAUCAGCCGGGACAUGGCCUAUUUCACUUUCCUUACCUUGACCCUAGAAGGUGCCAACUCAAACACUACCUUUUUCAUUUGUUUCUUAGUCUAUAGAUUCAGCUGUGUUGUGGGGAAUGGUGGGGGAUUCAAGUAGAUCUUACAGCUCCAGGGGCUGGAAGGGACCAGGCCAGUCAUCCAUGUUCAGGACCCUCUGGCUCCUCCCCCACUCCAGCUAUUCCUUAUCAAAGUCAAGGGUAGGACAAUGAAGUUUGCCAAGGCUGCCCCUGCAGCUUGGUGGGGGCCUGUGGGGGCAUUCCUCUACCCAGUUCCAGUAUCUGUUUUACCAUCAGCCCCGCAUCCACCCCUAUUCCCACCCCUCUCCUUUCAGCUGGGCCAUGUACCCCUUUGUGAGGAAGAAGAUACCCCCACUUAGGGCCACAGGCAGCGGAGUCCUGCCUACUGAGAGGCUGUUGGGACAGAGGCUCUGUCCUGUGCCUUAUCAGCCCUGGGGAGAGGAUGUUUGGCUGGAAGACUGGAAUUUAAUUGCCAUUGUCUUUGAUUUUGUGAUAUUUCUGCUUGGAGGGGUGAAACCCCCCUUCCCACUCUUUAGCAUGUGUGCCAACUCUCCCCUGUCAUGGGUGUUACCCUUCGACACUCCAGCUCAGGGAGUGCUGAUGUCCUCAUGUGAAGAGAUUCCUGUGUGAUAGAACCUAAGAAAUGUAGCUUGGAAGUGACCCCUGUGACGAUGACGUUUCUUUCUUUCCUCUUAGUGAGGAGGUGAUUUGUAGAUCCUGACUGCCUAUGUAAUGUAAAUAGUGUACAUUUAAUUUAUUGCUAUGGUAGCAUAUUGUAUUUGUUAAUGUAUAAAACAAAUUCUAAAAGGUUGACAAAUGUAUAUUUUGUUGCUUAAAUGUGUCUUUGCAGAAAUUGACAAUAAAUAACAUAUUUUGUGUCCA